AUGGUUCAGCCAAAAUUUGGUGAUAUCACACAAGCCAUUUCUAUCUUAUUCUCCUUUUUCAUAUUAGCCUCUAAGUUUAGUUUUUCCCUUUCCUUCCUUUUACCCUCCCUCUUUUUAAGUUCUUUCUUUCUUCAUUUUACUUUUGGUCAUUCCUUACUUCUUAUUCAUUCACCUUUUUUAUUUCUUCAACAUAUCUCUUUCUUAAUUCUUUUACUUUUUGAAGACUUUCUUUCAUUGUUUUUUUCAUUCUAUUCCUUACUCAAGUUGCUCUCCAUUCCCUCUUACUCUCCCUUAUCAGCCAUUCAUUCAUUCAUUCAUUCAUUCAUUCAUUCAUUCAUUCAUCCAUUUUUCAUUCACUUCCUCCUCCUUUCCUACUACAUGUGUAGAGACUUUCUAAGCCAUGCUCUGCUAGCAGAACAAAGAUGUAGUAGUAGAAGCAAUAGUAGCAGCAGCCGGCUUUGUCAUCGGUCAGCAGCUCUGCCUGUCUGUCAGUUCUGCAACAGCCCUGACUCCUUAUUGACAACAGCCACAGUGGCAUCAGUGGACAUUCCCACAGAUGCUCUACUCAACAAAGCAGGUGGCUGCUGCACUCAGUUUAAUUUCAUUCUGUUUUGGCAUGUGGUAUUGGCAGCCAGGCUUAAUGUCUCAUUCCAACUGCAUGAUCCUUGCCAACUCAGUGGUUUUUCAAUGUAG